AUGGAGAGGGGGAAGGUGAAGAAGAAAGACAAGGGAAAAGAGGCGGAAAAAGGAAAGGAGGACAAAGAGAAAAGGAAGGACUCGGAGAAGGAGAAAACGAAGGAUAGAGAAAAGGAAAAGGGAAAAGGGAAGGAGGAGAGAAGCAGAAGUAAAGAGGAGGACAAGAAAAAAGAGAGUGGGAGUGACAAAGAGAAAGAACAGCUGAAGGGAAAAGAGGACGACCGCAGAGGCUUAGGAAAGCCCGUGCUGGAGCCGCCGGAGAAAAAUAAUUAUAUCCUAGUGUUGGGCCUCGAUGGAGCGGGAAAGACCAGUGUUCUCUACUCUCUAGCUUUAAACAGAGUCCAGCACAGCGAGGCACCCACCCAAGGUUUCCAUGAAGUGUGCAUCAACACUGAACACAGCCAGAUGGAGUUCCUGGAGAUUGGUGGUAGUGAACCUUUCCGGUCCUAUUGGGACAUGUAUGUGUCCAGGGGAUUGCUGCUUAUCUUUGUGGUGGACUCAGCAGAUCACAACAGGUUACCUGAAGCCAAGAAAUACCUUCAUCGGCUAAUUAAAAUAAAUCCUAUCAUCCCUCUGGUUGUAUUUGCAAACAAACAGGAUCUUAAACCAGCCUAUCACAUUACAGACAUCCAUGAAGCUUUGGGAUUAUCUGACGUGGGAAAUGACAGGACGAUGUUCUUGUUUGGGACCCAGGUGACUGAGAAUGGCUCAGAGAUACCGUCCACCAUGCAAGAUGCCAAAGACCUGAUUGCACACCUGGCUACACAUAUGCAGUGA